GGAAGCGACUCCUCUCGUCACAUUUUUAUUGGAAAUGGGGUUUGCUCACAAAAAACAUACCGGAAUGUUUGCACUUUUGUCCUGUAUUACUUACUGCCUGAGUGGAGCAUAUGGAAACGAUAACUGUGAUGGCCAUCUUGUCUCGGGUCUGCCUCAGGCUUCAUUCAACAGCUCAUCACAGUUGUCCAGCAUACAUGGGCCUGGAUUCGCCAAGCUUAACAGAAGAGACGGUGCGGGCGGAUGGUCCCCACUGGAGUCGAACAAAUAUCAAUGGCUUCAAAUUGAUUUUGGCCAAAGGACUGAUAUAAGAGCUAUCGCUACUCAGGGGAGGUAUGGCAGCUCAGACUGGGUCACCAGUUACCUCCUGAUGUUCAGCGACUCCAGCAGGAACUGGAAACAGUAUCGCCAAGAGGGAAGCACUUGGGGUUUCGUGGGAAACUCGAAUGCCGACAGCGUUGUCCAGUACAGGCUGCAGCAGCCGGUGAUAGCCCGAUUCCUCCGCUUCGCCCCCCUUCAGUGGAACCCAAAUGGAAGGAUUGGCCUGAGGGUGGAGGUCUACGGGUGCUCUUACAAGUCUGAUGUGGCAAGUUUUGAUGGCAGCAGCUCAUUGCUCUACAGGUUCAAUCAAAAGGCAAGUCAAACAACCAAAGAUGUUAUUUCCGUGAAGUUCAAAACAGUACAGAACUCUGGCAUCAUCGUACACGGCCGUGGACAACAUGGAGACAUCUUAACACUGGAGUUACUGGAUGGGAAACUUCGGCUAAAAAUAGGGAAAAAAUCAUCAAGCGACUCUUCUGUGGUGCUCCUGGGCAGUCUGCUGGAUGACCAGCACUGGCACUAUGUGGCUAUUGAGUACAUUGAAAAAAGCAUCAAUUUUACUGUGGACAGGAUCACUCAUCAAUUUGAAAUCAAGGGGGACUCCACUGACUCUGACACAAGCAAUGAGCUCAGCUUCGGAGGUGCCCCAGACUACGGGAAGUUAGAAACAUUUUCCGGGAGAAAUUUCCAAGGGUGUCUGGAGAACUUGCUCUACAAUGAUGUAAAUGUCAUUGACUUCGCCAAACAGAAUAAUCAGGUGUCUGUCAGGGGGAAUGUGACCUUUGCUUGUUCUGAGCCACCCAAUGUGCCAGUGACGUUCAUGGGAACUAAAAGCUACCUCCAGUUAUCAGCGGAGCCGGAUAAAGGUGGCCUGUCUGUCAGCCUGCAGUUCAGAACGUGGGACAAGGAGGGACUGCUAAUAACUACAGAACUGCACCAGAAUUCGGGAACAUUGUGGCUGUACAUCAGAGAGGGUAAAAUCAGGUUACAAAUAGACAAGGCUGGAAGAAUUGUGGCAGAACUCACAGCAGGAUCUAAUUUAAAUGACGGUCAGUGGCAUUCUGUGGAUUUCAAUGCAGUGAGAGGCCUGGUACGUGUAACAGUGGACCGGGAUAUUGCACACGCCAAUUCCCCCUUCCAUGUUUCUUCUGGAAACAAUUACUUUUUUGGUGGUUGCCCUGAGCAAAUACAUAAGGCAGAAUGCAGAAACCCCUAUGCCAUUUUUCAAGGAUGCAUGAGACUUAUCAGUAUUGGGAACAAUGUUGUAGAUCUGACCAAAGUGCAACAAACUUUCAUUGGAAACUUCAGUGAUUUACAAAUGGACACAUGUGGAAUCAUUGAUAGGUGCUUGCCUAAUUACUGUGAGCAUAAAGGAAGGUGCUCGCAGACCUGGAACAUGUUCAGCUGCAACUGCUCCGACAGCGGCUACACUGGAGCGACCUGUCACAGCUCCGUUUACGAGCAGUCAUGCGAAGCGUACAAACACAGAGGAAACACGUCGGGCUUUUAUCACGUGGACGCGGAUGGAAGCGGCCCCCUCGGCCCACGGCUGGUCUUCUGCAACAUGACAGAUAAAGCCUGGACAGUGAUACAACACAACAACACUGAACUUAUCCAAUUAAAAUCUUACAAAGGAACAAAUCAUCGCUCUGCCUGCUUUAAUUAUACCGUCAACACUAAAGAGCUUGGGGCAAUAAUAAAUCAAGCGGAACAUUGCGAGCAGAGGUUCACGUAUUACUGCAAACAGCCAUUGCUCUUAAACUCUCCUGAUGGAGCCCAGUUCAGCUGGUGGGUGGGAAGGAGGGAUAAAGCGCAGAUGCACUGGAGUGGAGGGGGGUCCGUGACGCAGACCUGCUCCUGUGGCCUGCGGGAGACCUGUGUACACCCGGACCAGGACUGCACCUGUGACCCGGACGGAAAAGAGCGGACAAAUGAUUCAGGCCUUCUGUCUUUUAAAGACCAUUUGCCCAUCACUGAAAUCGCUUUUGGUGAUUUGAGCCGGGCAGGCUCUGAGGCAGCUUUCAAAGUUGGACAUCUACAGUGCCAUGGCGAUAAGAACUUUUGGAAUUCAGCUUUUUUCAACAAAGAGACAUCGUAUCUGCAUUUUCCUACAUUCCACGGGGAGCUGAGUGCUGAUAUAUCAUUUUUGUUCAAGACCACUGCCUCAUCUGGUGUUUUUCUGGAAAAUCUUGGAAUUAAAGAUUUCAUCCGGAUUGAGCUCAGCUCGCAGAAUGAAGUGCUAUUCUCAUAUGACGUGGGAAACGGUCCUUUCGAGAUGAGAGUGGAGACACGCACCCCGCUGAACGACAACCAGUGGCACCACGUGAAGGCCGAGAGGAACCUGAAGGAGGCUUCGCUUCGAGUGGACCAAUUACCGAGCAGCUCCCAGGAGGCUCCCAUAGACGGACACAUCCACCUGCAGCUCAACAGCCAAUUAUUUGUGGGAGGCACCGCCUCCAGACAGAAAGGUUUCUUGGGGUGCAUUCGGUCUCUGCAGCUAAAUGGGGUGACUCUGGAUCUUGAAGAACGGGCCAGGAUCACUCCCGGAGUCAGCCCGGGUUGCCCCGGUCACUGCAGCACUUACGGGAGCCUGUGUCAAAAUGGCGGCAAAUGCAUGGAGAAGUACGCUGGGUUUUCCUGUGAUUGUAGCGCGUCUGCCUUCACAGGCCCGUUCUGCACAACAGAGGUCUCUGGUUAUUUUGAACCGGGAACAUCCGUGACGUAUUAUUUAAAGGAGCUGAACGAGAACUCGAGCGCUCAGCCGGCCGCGGAGAUGAACCUCCGAGGCGAGAGCGUUAGCUUCAGCUUCCGCACCACCCAGUCGCCGGCUCUGCUGCUGUACGUCAGCUCCGACCACAGGGAGUACAUCGCUGCUCUACUCAACAGAUACGGUCACUUGAAUGUCAUAUACAAGCUGCAAGAUGACCAAGAUGCUGAGGUGUUUCAGAUAAGCCAGAGAAACAUGGCAAAUGGACUGCUCCACACAGUGAAUAUUGGGAGAGAAUCAGAAAUCCUCACUGUUCAGAUUGACCAGUUCCCAGCUGAAGAAUUCACAGUAAUAUCUGAUGUAGAACUCAAUUCUAUCAAGUCUAUUGUUCUUGGGAAGAUUCUGGACGCUGUCGAGCUGGACCCGGCCGUUUCCAGGAUCAAUGUUCUGGGCUUCAGUGGGUGCAUAUCAGCGGUCCGCUUCAACAGCCUGGCUCCCCUGAAGACGGCUUUGCUGCGCCCCGCUGCCGGCAACGUUGCCGUGGUAGGACAGCUGAGGGAGUCCCACUGCGGUUCCCCCAAUCCCUUUGAUAUCAACACCAUAAGGUCACUCUCAGAUCAUUCUGGUACAAAAAAUAUCGGUGAGCCAAUAGUUGAUGCGAUAAGGAGUGAAUCUGCUCUUAUAGGAGGUGUCAUUGCAGUGACGAUAUUUGUCCUUAUCUGUGCUUUGGCGAUAAUGGUGAGGUUUUUGUACCGAAUAAAGGAGUCCUUUCAGAGCAGGAGCAGGAAAGGUGUGAAGGCUGACGCUAGCGCUCGUUCUACUUUCAACAACGAUCCAAACCCACGGAACAUACUGAGCGAAACCCAGAAGGAAUAUUUCAUAUGAUCAGCUCCGUCCCUUCCUCCUGGAUCAACCGAACUAUCAAGGCCAAGUGCAGAUGUUAAAGUGACAUUCCACAACUUUUUGGUUUUCAGUUUCCAUCAUUAUAACAGCAGCUUGCAUCUUUUGUCUCAUGUGAAUCGGUUCUACAUUUGUAAACAACAGUGUGAAAUAAGUAUGCCAAUUUUGUCUCAUUGACGAGGUGCAGUGUUAAGAAUUAUAUUUUUUUUUUUUAGGCUUGUCAUAUUGUCAGGUAGCCCCUAACCGUUUAAUAUGUGUUCCUCUGGAAAAGUCAAUGGGCCUCAUUCAGAAAUCUUUUCUUAAAUUCUUCUUACUUUUGUUCUUAAAAAAAAAAAACAUUGCGCAGAUCUUCAUUUUGAGUGUAUCUCAGGUGUAUUCAGAUGGCGGAUGCUGAUUGUUGGUAAGUUAGAUACACGUGCCUAUUCGGGUGGUUAGCCGAAGGAUACAGCCUUUCUGUACCAUAAAAGGCAUGUCAGUUUCAGGUUCCUGUGGAAGCAUAUUCAGGGUUUUCUGUGAGCGUAUCAGUGCAGUCCCUAAAGACUGAUUCUCUAACCAAGGUACAGUGCAGUUAGCCAAGUAGGCCAACAGCAGCAAACACGCCCUGCUACUGUAAAUGUUGAGUUUGACUGCACACUUGUGGGGUGUUAUAUCCUCAUCAGUCCUCAUCAUCAGUUACUUUUUAAUCCAUAAACAAAAUGAAUUGCAACUGUUCUCAACGAGGUUAUUAUUGCAAACCAAGAAGAAAACUAAGUGAAAACGAGGUGUGAAAAAAACAUUGUUGUAAUCUCGCGGUUGUAAUACCGGCGAAUUAAAAUUAAACAAAUUUAAAUAAAAAUGAAUAAAAACAUGUAGUGUAGUCAAAAUCAAUAUUGUCAAUUUGAGGUAUGUAACUGAAAUUGACUGAAUAAAUACUAAACCAUUCUAAAUAGAAACCUCUUGUGCAUAUUGUAUAUGCCUUUACACUUCUUUGCAAACACACAUCGCUUCUGAUCGUACCAAAGAACAGAUUCAGAUAGAUGUCGGUAGAAAAGUUCAACAAUCCUGAUCUUACAUGUUUCUUGAAUGAGGCUCAAUGUCUUUCAUGCGCACAAGAGAACUGAUGAAAAUGCAUCCAUUUUGUGGUAUAGGCCUCUUUGCAGAAGAAGUCAUGACAAUGCUGACAUCCUGUGAUCCUGUCACUCAAAAUGUAAGGGGGUGGGGGACACAUUGUUCAAGGGGGACAUCGUCCCUUUCCCCAGGAAAUCACAUAUUUGAUCAGAGAGCCCAGACACCACUUCAAUGUGAGAGAAACAAUAUCAGUCAAAGCCUCAAUUAACAUUUGUCUUGACUUCCAAAGAAAUAGAUAUAGUUAUUUUUCAAUAUAAGCACAUUGGUGAUAGCUCACCCAAUUGUAUAUGGGGAGAAAAGAGUCAAAGUUGUGAAUGCACCCCUAGACUAAGGCUCAAAUUUCUGUCUAGCCAUUGUAUAUACUAGACUUAACGGAAUACAACAUGAAGCAAAUGUUAUGUAUUGCUGCAUUAUAUUUAUUUGCUCAUUUUAGUGUUAGCCAAAACUAUACUAGUAUAUGUUGAGAAUAUAUUGAUUCGAAGUAGUGAGAAAUUUGCUGAAAUUAACUUAAAUUAGAGAGUGUGAUUUUGAAUUUGGCCCCAUCUCUUUUAAGCAAGAUAAGUUGAGUUGACGGGCAAUUAUUCUUGACAGGUGUUAUUCUUUUAUUUGGUGAAGUACUCCUUUAAAGCUUAUAUCUGGGAACAAUUAAUUUGAUUGUAAAUGACAUAUUAAGACAUUAAGUGACGGUAACCAGUGCUUCAUUGAACUGUAUUAAGUCUUCAUUUUGUAUUUCAAUCAUGUACAAUAGAAUGAUAUAUAAAAUGUGGUGAUAAUGUCAUUGGUGGAAUAUAAAUAUUCUGUAAAAUGUAAAAUGGUCACUUUUCAACACUUCAUCUGAUGUUCCCUCUGUCUAGCCUGCUGUACAUAAAAACGUCAUUUUCAUUGCAUACAGUACCAGGUCUGAGCCUCCUUGAGCAUUUAUAGAGCUGAUGUCAAAUAAUUCUACAUUUAUACAUGCAAAAAGAAAAGUAUGACAUUUGUGACAUUACCUCAUGGCAUGUAUAUAACAGAGCAGCUUUGAAACUAAUGAUGUACACAUUAAUAUUACUUUGGACCAUAUGGUUGUUCAUGUCCUUGGCUGGUAUACAUUUACUGCAGGUAUAUGACAGUGCAGUUUAGACGCUGUGCCUAGGAUCCUCAAAAUUUAUGUGAAGGCAAGCCGGCUGCUAGGGGCUGUAUUGCAUUGGGAGCCUUUAAAGUAAUUACAUUAUUAUCAUUAUGGGUUGUUAUGACAUUAACUGUACGUGAUGUGACAUACUGCUGUAGCCUAUGACGAUAGCUUUAUAGUGACAGUUUUAUAUUUCGAUGACAUAGUGUGUACCGUUGCAUGCCGUGUAACACUGAAAUCAGUUCACAUAAGCUAUUAUAAUAGUGUCACUUAGGCUUCAAAGAGGGGAUGUGAUAUAAAGUGUGGCCAUUAAAGUACUGUCUGUAUGAUAACCAA